AUGACUGUAUCUAACAAUGGAAUUCCCGUAUCCAUAUCGGAUUAUCCAUUCAAGUCGUUACUCUGCGAGUCAGAUGGUUCUGAGCGUGAUCAAUAUCUGAUCAUGGCCAUGGACGACAACUUUGCUCUGCCCCACCAUGAAAUGCUUCCUUUCGGGGAGGAGCUCACGAGCCAUAAUUUAUUUCAAAUCUUCCCUUUCGAAGAGGAGCAAAUAAAAGAUUAUGAAGCAGAGUGUUCGCUGACUGUGGAUGAUAUUUUCUUACCUGAAGAACAAUUUCGUAAUGAGAUCCUUCCAAAUAAGGAUAUCUUGUUGUCUGAACAAAUCCCGAAUUCACCGCCAGUGGAGGGGCUUGAAUUGGUUCAACUUCUCUUAGACUGUGGACGAAUGAUAGGCAACGGGAACUAUGAUCAAGCUGCUCUGCUGGUGAGCAAAUGCAGGAAUUUGUCUUGUCAGUUGGGGAAUCCUACACAAAGGCUUGCCUAUUAUAUCUCCGGCGCCCUGCAGGAUAGAAUCCAACGCCAGAGUCUCGGCAUGUUACAUAGCGCAGCUAAACCAGUCCAAGAUUUUGCUUUCAAUAUUGACAAUGAAAUUGAACAAUAUGAAUUUUGUAGUCUGGUUGCUUACUAUACUAGAGUUAUGCCCUAUAACAAACUGCUGCAGUUCACGUCUGUGCAGGCAAUCAUCGACACAGUGGGGAAUGCAAGGAAAAUUCAUGUAAUUGAUCUCGGGAUGCGUAGUGGGUCGCAUUGGACAAUAUUGAUGGAGUUUCUUGCACACAGAGUUGUUUCUUCUUCUUUCGGUGCGCUUGAACUUCUCAGGAUAACGGCAGUUGGGAUGAAUGGCAAAGACCUUAGAAAAAGCGGAAGAAGACUUCAUGAGCUCGCUAAAUCUUUGGCGAUUCCUUUUUUGUACAGUAUCGUGGAGAUCCCAAACAUAGAGGAGAUUAAGGAAGGUUUAUUCACCAUUAGAUCUGGUGAGGCGUUGGCAGUCUACUCUUCAAUUAUUCUGAGAAGUUUGUUAUAUGACCCGGUCCUUCUCGACAAUCUCUUAAGCGUUAUCAAGAAACUAAGGCCUCGGAUAAUGGUGAAUGUUGAAGUAGAAGCGCAGCAUAAUUCUCCGUCUUUUGUGAAUAGAUUCAGCGAGGUGCUUUUCUAUUACAUGGCAUAUUUUGAUCUGGUGGAUGUCACCAUGACAGACAGAAAUGAUAUUAAGAGGCUGAAGCAUGAAGAAUUAUUCAAUGGAAGUCAGAUUAGGAGUAUGAUAGUCUAUGAGGGGAAGGAGAGGAGUGUUAGGCAUGUUAGAACUGACGUGUGGAGGUGUUUGUUCGAACAAGCAGGGUUCAGGGUAAAGAGCUUCAGCUUUCAAGCAAUGUAUCAGGCUAGGUUGUUAUUAGGAGAAUAUGCUUCGGGAGAAUAUUAUACUCUGGAGCCCAAUGGACAUGCCAUAAUUGUAAAGUGGAAAGGGGCACCACUGUUUUCACUCUCGGCAUGGAGUGGUAUCAAAUAA